CCUUCAUGUAAAUUCGAAGCUCCGAUUCUGAUCCAGAAGUCGUCAAAUCCUUUUUGAAUCAAACCAUCAGUGAUCCUCCGUAAAAUCAUCAGUCGGUGGGUGGGCAUUCUUCAGUUUUAGACAAAAUCGAAUAUCUUAGAGUAACCGGAUCACACUUCAGUAAAUACAGUCGAUGAGCCAAGAUCUCAGUUUUUUCCUGAUUCAUGAGUGAGGAUUGUUCGAGACUGUCUCCAGAUCCAGAAUCUUUUCACUUACACUUCAUUCUUUGAUUUGGAUCUCUCUCUCUAUCUUCAUCUCAAGAAGAACUUUGGUGUGAAACAUGGAAACCGAGUACCAGAGGUCUGUUUCACUAGUAAACCGACGAACUGAGCGCAGUGCUUCCAAUCAGAGUAAAGAAGCUGAAGGAGGAAUAUUUUCGCCUGGGAAAUCAUCUUCAGGUUUCCCACUUAGGAUUAUAUGGAGGAGAGGAUUUAUUCGUUUGGUUCUUGUAGGAGGAAUGGUUUGGAUGUUGAUUAUUCUUUGUGUAUUGCUCUUUCAAAUUUGGUCUUGUCAAUCUUCAAUUGCCUUAUUCUCAGCUAUUUGUAACAGAGAAAGCAAGGUGUUUACUAUGUUAGACUCACUAGGACUUGUACCAAAGGCUCCUCAUCGUUGUUCGAUUCCCGUUGUUGAUAAUCCUGACAAAGUGGCUAUACCAGAUAAAAGAACUCCAAACAAAGUUAUUCAAGAGCUGUCUUAUGUAAUGGAGCCCGGGGUAGCACUUAAUGGGUCACAAUCACCUCAGCUAUUUGGUGGGCAUGAAAGCUGGUUUCAACGAGAAGAGAGCUUUAAAGUAAAAUCAACCAUGAAGGUACAUUGUGGUUUCAUCCCAGGUGGUGGUGCAGAAAUGGAUGAAAAAGAUGUUAAGUAUACAAAGAAGUGUAAAUUUGUGGUAGCUUCCGGAAUCUUUGACGGUUAUGAUACACCUCAUCAACCGUCGAAUAUUAGCUUACGAUCUCAAAAGCUCUUUUGCUUUCUGAUGGUGGUUGAUGAAGUAUCUCUUGACUUCAUCAAGAACAAUGUUACUGUAAGAAAAGAUAGUGAUGGUGGUCAAUGGGUUGGCAUGUGGCGUUUGAUUUUACUUAAGAAUCAACCAUACGAUGAACCGAGAAGGAACGGGAAGGUCCCCAAAAUAUUAACCCACAGAUUAUUUCCUCAAGCAGAAUAUAGCAUCUGGAUUGAUGGUAAAAUGGAGUUAAUAGUGGAUCCAUUACUUAUUCUUGAAAGAUACUUAUGGCGGGGAAAGCACACAUUUGCAAUUGCUCAACACAAGCACCAUAAGAGUAUAUACGAAGAGGCGGAUGCAAACAAACGUAGGAAACGAUACGCUCGACCUCUUAUCGACCUACACAUGAAAAUAUACAGAUACGAAGGGAUGGAGCCUUGGAGCCCCGAGAAAAACACCAUUAGUGAUGUUCCUGAAGGAGCGAUCAUUGUGAGGGAGCACACAACAAUGAAUAACUUAUUCAGUUGCUUAUGGUUCAACGAAGUUGACCUCUUUACCCCGAGAGACCAGCUGAGCUUUGGAUUCGUCGUCUAUAGACUAAAGGGAAUGUUCAAUUUCUUUAUGUUCCCUAACUGUGAGUACAACUCUAUAUUCAUAUUGCACAAUCACACUAGAGAGCAUUCUUCGAAAGUAGAAUGGGUGAAGUCGUUGGAUGAGUUAAAAGGUGACAAAACAGGUUUGAGAGAGAGUCGAGGUGGAUUAGGGUUGUGGACACCAUAUCCGGGUGACCUUAGCUCGAUUGUAUUACCAUCUGUUGUAAGAACAUCUAAAGCCGGUUAAUUUUUGUUCAAAAAUAUUUUUUUCCUUUAUUGUUAC